UGGGAUUGGCGGUUGCCGUGGUUACUCUUUGUUUGGAGGCUUCGGGCGCUGUUUUCCAACCAAGCCGAAGGAUUUCGCCUCUGCUGGGUGAGCCGGAACCCCUCAAGGCCGGAGCUGUUGUAGCGUGAAGCGAGGCAGAGCUGCGGGAGCGCAGGAUGAUGGAAGACGAUGAUGAUGAUAUAAAGCUCAAAGAAGAAAUAGAAGCUGAAUUGGAUAAAAUCAGCAUUUCUUCCUUGGAAAAAGAUGAUUUUGAUAGUGAUUCAAAAUCAGAAACCCAGAGUGAUAAUAGUGAUACAGAUUUAGAUGAAUUACCUGAGUCAGUUCUUCACUGUAUUAACGUCAUAAAGAAUAAGAGUAAAACUGCUGAAGAGCUCAUUCUUCAGGACUUGGAAGAUACUGAUGUUUUAAGCUAUGAUUACAGAGCAGUUUCUAAUAAUCAUAUGCAUUUAAGGAUAGAAUUAUCAACUGAAUGUAAAGAAAAUCCAGAACAAUUAAUGCAGAUGUUAUCUGAAAUAGAAAAAGAGGAGUUUCUGAGAAGUAAAACGCGCUGUAGCAGUCCUGAUUCUGUUCCGGAGCCUGAUCCUUGUGAUUUGCCUGUGGAUGUACAUGUUUUGCCAGAUGAUGCUGAUAUAAAUUUUGGAUACUGUGAAGUGGAGGAAAGAUGUAGGCAGUCCUUUGAGGCUUGGCAAGACAAACAGAAAGAACUAGAAGACCAAAAGAAAGAAAUUCUCAGAGCUCAGAGGGAUAGAGAAGAAAAGCAGUUUCAAGAAGAAGAAGAGAAAAGACAUUGCUGGGUGAAACAAUUUGAAGUUGAAAAGAAGAAAUUGGAGAAUAUUCAGAAGCAAGAACAGGACAAGAUGAAUGAUGAAUUUCACAAAGAGGAGAAAAUAUGGAAGGAGAAAUUUAAACAGCAUGAGGAAUUUAUUAGAAACUUGCAUUUACAAAUGGAAGAAGAAAGAACAAAAUUUAAAGACCUACAGGAAAAAGAAAAAAUGCGUUUGUUAAAACUGCAGCAUAAUGCAGCUGUAAAAAUUCAAGCUAAAUAUAAAGCAUUUGUGGCCUACCAAAAAUAUGGCCCAAUCAUAAAGGAACAAAUGGAAAGUAAGAAAAGGAAAGCACAGGAGUGGAAGGAAAAGGAAACAAAAAUACGACAGAUGGAAGAAGAAAAACAAAAAAGAUUAGAGGAGGAAGAAAGAAUAGAAGAAGAGGUAAAAAAACAGAAGCAAGAGGGAAGGGAAAGGAGAGAAAAAGAAUAUGAAGAAAAGAAGAACAUCCUGAGACAAGAAAGAGAGCAACUACUAAAGAAGGAAAAAUUGAGAUUAAGAGAAGCUGCAAGACAACAGCUAAUAAUAAGUAGAGCAUUAAAAAAGGGAGAGUAUAAUGCUAAACAUUUAACUGUUGAAGAUACAUCAAAGAAUAAGGAUGAUGUAGCCAAAAGGCUAGGGGAUGAAAAGUCAAAGAAGUGGAAAGAUGCUCCCCCUCAGCUAGUUGAAGAAUCGAAUAAGAGAGAAAAUGUGGAUAGGCAGCUUGUAUUGGAAGAACCGAUACAAGUGCAAUUAAAAGAAUCUAUAUCAAGCCAAGCAAUUUUGGCAGUAUUUAAAACGGAAGAAAAAAAUGAAAACCUAACAAAACAACAUUCAGAAGAAUUGGUCAAGCAAGCAAGGAAUUGUGAAAACACAGACCAAAAGCCUCAGUUGGAAAACCUAGAUCUAAAAGAAAAUGUGGAAGAACAGUUUCAGCUGCAAGAAAUAAAGUCUCAAAUACAAAAAGAGGAAGUCGUGACACCUUCUGUAAAUGAGACUAUGAAACAAGAAACCCAAAUAAUAAUAUUAGGAUAUAAUCAAGAAAUUAAUAAGGCGAAAAGCAAUGAAGCACAGAAAAUAAUCAUUGACAAUCAACAAAAUAAGACACAAGUAGAAAAAGAAGAGACAUCAGAACAGGAUGGAACAUCAUACGAAGAGAAUAGCAUGAGGAAAAUUUCAAUGAUUUCAAUGAAACAGAAACCACUACCACUGAAAUUAGAAAAUUCUGAAGAUAUAGGGGAAAAUGUAAUGCUGCAAGAAGAAGAAAUUGAUUUAGAAUCUAAAGAAACCGAGGAGAACGCAAAAGCUAGUGCUCUAAAUAGUGACUUGGUUUUUAACACCAGUGUUGCUAUGAUAAAUGCAGAAGGCAAAAUAAACAAGCAAAAUUAUAUUUUAGGUAGAGAUGUUCUUUGUGAAGAUUUGGGUAGCUGUAAUGCAAAAAACUCUUUGGUUUUUAAAGAAGCGAACUCUCUGAAGUCUCAGAUUAAAGAAAUUCCAGAAGAAUGUCAUGAAAACAAAACCGAAUGUGAAAAUGUAGUGACCUGCUCUGUACCAGAGCCAACCCUUCUAUCUUCCAUUGAAGAAAAGAGGCUAGCUUGGAUAAAGUCAUUUAAACCCUGGUUUGAAAUUUCCAAGCAAAAUCAACAAAAGAAAAUUGUUAGGAGAAAGAGACUUGUAAAAUGCCCCGUCAACACGAUGCCCCCUUUGAAUACACUAGAAGUACUUCAGUGUGGCCCUUGGGAUUCUUUACAGCGGGUUACAACAGUAACAUUUCAAGAUUUGCCAGGUUGUAGUCUCUCCACACUGGCAGAGUGUACAGAUCUUCAGUUUCUGUCUCUUCGGCGCUGUGGAUUAACCUCUUUGCACAGCCUGAGAAACUGCAAAAAAUUAAAGUACAUUGAUGCACAGGAAAACCAUAUUGAGACUAUCAACUGUGAAAAUUUGGAAAAUCUCUGUGUUGUUCUUCUUAAUAAAAAUCAACUGACUUCUUUUCAUGGUUUGGAUGGCUGCAUUAAUAUCCUAAAUCUUGAACUUUCACAUAAUAAAAUCACUCGAAUUGGUGGCUUAGAAUCAUUGAAAAAUCUUCAGCGACUAAUUGUGGACCAUAAUCAGUUAAUUAGUACAAAAGGUCUUUGUGAUACGCCUACUAUUAUAUACCUGGAUUGCUCACAUAAUCAUCUUACUGAAGUUAAGGGCAUUGAAAAGUGUGGAUUACUCCAAAUACUGAAGUUACAGGGAAAUUACCUAAGUGAGCUUCCAUCCUUGGAGAAUCAUGUUCUUCUAAGAGAAUUGCACUUGGAUGAUAACAGCAUUUCAACUGUGGAAACAUUUUCUUCAUAUUGGCUGCCUUUACUACAAAUCCUGACUAUCUCUCAAAACAGCUUGACAAAAAUCAUACCACUUUUUCAUUUUGUUUCUUUGGAAAAACUAGAUGUCAGCAACAAUUGUCUUUCUGAUCUUACAAGUGCCCUAAGGUGGUUUAAUGCAUGCUUUUCUCUCCGUGAAUUGUCUCUCACUGGAAACCCGCUUCUUCAAGAAAUAAACUGGAGGGACUCUCUGCUUAAAAUAUUACCUGCUCUAAGAAUCCUCAAUGGUGAAAUGCUAACCUCUUACUCAGAAAUUCACGUUGAAGAACCCUAUCAACUGGAAUUAGAACGUUUCCUGGUAUUUUGUCAGUCCCAGAUUCGAGAAUUUAACUUACUAGCUGAAAAAUAUGCUACUGGAGAACGAAGUAUAUUCACCUUGGAUGCUGCAGACAAUAUCUGCCAUUAUUUCAAGAAAUUGAUGACACUUAGUAAUGAAUGUCGAUAUGCACAUGAACAUGGGGAUGUAAGUAUCACAAAGAGAGAUGAAUCAGAAGCUCAGCAAAAUCAUUUGCCUCCUACAAACAGUGAUAGGACACUGCAAAAUAGAGUCCUUUGCUCUUAUUCAAAUGAACAUAAACCGGACUCACCAGAUAUUUCUGAGAAGUGGAUGGACUCUGGCUCUAGUCAUUCCUCAUUAACCAACCCUUCCUUGUGUGAAGAUACUAAAGGAAGAAAUAAGGAAAAAAUAGUAGGCCAGAAAAGAGAAGAUAGCAAGGCAAGCAUUUUCCCCACCAAAAGAAUACCAUUCAUGGAAACAGUAAUGACAAACUCUCUACUGAAAAACUGCCAGAAUACUGAACAUCAUGAAAAAAUUAUGGCAGCUAUGGUAAUGCAGGCAUACUGGCGUGGUUACAUUGUGCGCAGAAAGAUUCAUUUCUCUACAAAUCUACAUCCUGCUGCAAUAGGACUCCUGACAUCCCAGCCAAAUUCCUGCAUCAAAAACCAAAUUAUUUUAAAGAAAGAAGAAAUAAAAAAUACUGUGAACAACCAAGAACAGAGGGAGAAGGCUGCUACUCUUAUUCAGGCAGUUUGGAAGGGCUUUCUUUUACGAAAGAAACUGACAACAGCUCUAGAGGCCAUUAAGAAUGAAGAAUCUGAAGAAGAAUACGAAGAAAUAGAUUUAGAAGAUUUUACAUUUGAUGAAGCUGCCUUAGAGAAGGAAUGGCUUGCUUUAGAUUCUGCCCGCUUCCCUUCACAAACACUGCUUCUUCCAAACCAGCUGCACUGGCCAAAGUUCUCUGGAACCUUAAAAUAUGAUGAUACUUCACUUAAUUUACCGAGUCAUCCAGCUCAAGCAUGGCUAUGUAAUGAGAAAGAAAAUUUGUUUUCAUCGGAACACACACAAUUUAAUAGCAGAUCAGAAAAAAGAACUUUAUCUAGGACACCUGAAUCAAAGACGGGCAGAAAGGGUUUGCUAAAAUCUGAAAAAGAAGAAAAAAUUUCAGAAGAAUGGGGCUUUAAGGAUAUUUCCACUGCUCAGCAAAUGCUAAAGAGAGCACAGAAAAUGAAAUCAAAGAAAUUAAAGAAAAAAUUAGAUCCCACUGUGCGCCUAGCAUUAUUCAAAAACAGUGAAAAUAAAAUUUCUGGUACAAAGUCACCAAAGAAAGCACAGCCCCAAAGAGAUGGCUACUUUGAAGAUAAGGAAGAAGAAUUUAUGUAUAAGGAUACCACUGCAAAUGAAAAAUUAGAAAGGAGUAAAGAAUAUACAUACCAAUGGCUUCAUACACAGGUUGGGGUUCAUGAAUCAGCUAGUUCCAGAAAUAUGAAAUGCAAUCACUUCUUGCCUGAGUUAGAUCCAGAUGUACUUAAUGGUGGAAGAGUUCAGCUUGUGGCAAGGCUUGUAAGCAGAGAAGACACGGAUUUAGACCUUUUUUCCAUGACCAGUGGAAGUACUUUGUCUGCGAAGAGAGAAAAAAAAAAUCAGGCACACAGACACUCAGCAGGAUCUUCAAGUUGUUCAAUUAAGGGAAUACUUGCACCAAUGCUAACAAAUACAAGACCUUCUAAGAAAGAACGUAUAUCAUUCCGUGACAAUCCAGUACAACUCAGUGGUGGAUGGGGAAGUGGCAAAAAGAAGGUGAAGAUUUCAAACUAAUCCUUCAAGCUUCAGCAUUCAAAGCAUAUGGCACACGAUUUCUGUUCAAGAGAUCUGUGGAUAUCUGGUCAUGUUCCCAACCGGAUACAAGGUUUUAAGAGUACUGUAUUUAAUUUGUAUUAUUAUACAUAUUUCACAAUUCUGUUUUCUGAUGGACUUCUCUUAUUUUCCAUCUAUAAAAUACAGUUUUGCUGUUGUUCCUGUGUUCAUGUGG